AUGGCAGACGAUACGCGACAACAGUCUCAAGCUCCUAAAACCACCCCCGAGGAUCUCUCACGCGAGGCGUUGACUGUCAAUCCCGAGAAUAAGGCCUUCACUGGCACCCAAUGGCAAGGCGGAAAGCAGAUACCGUAUAAGCCAAACGAGAAUGCGAAUCUCAUGGCGGGAGGAACGCAGCAUACUGCGGGUGGAAAAGAGCCGGAGGUCACAUUCAUGAACGCGUUACAAGUUGGGCAGCCCAUUACAGAGCUACACAAGCGGCCUUGCGUACGAGAUGCGCUUUUGACUGGGAUGGGUGCUGGCUUUGCGUUAGGAGGUGGACGGUUGAUAUUUGGAGCGACGAUUAUGAAGGCCUGUAAUCUGGCUGUGGGAUCAUUUUGUGUCGGCGCGGCUGUCAAUUACCAAUACUGCCUGUACAAGAGGCAGGCAGAGAAAGAGGGGAUGAUACGUGCCGUAGAAAUUUUGAACAAAAAAGAUAUGGAGAAGAAGGCGAGAGAGCAGCGGAAAGAGAGUCAGCGACAGGAGCUGCGAGAGGCGAAGGAGAAAGAGCAGGAUGCUCAGUAUGCAGCUCUCAAGGAGAAGGACAGCGGAGGGAAGUCUUGGUGGAAAGUGUGGUGA